AUGGAUAACCCAAGUUCCACCGUUUGGAACCACGUGAUCAGAGGCUAUGCACGGACCCAAAUGCCUUGGAAAUCGGUGGAAUGUUACAACCUGAUGGUGUUCGCUGAGGCUGUGCCUGAUGGGUUCACUUACUCGUCUCUUUUGAGUGCGUGUGCGCGAGGUGGGUUGGUAAGAGAAGGGGAACAGGUCCAUGGCACAGUUUUGGUAAAAGGGUAUUGCUCCAAUGUCUUUGUAGACACUAAUUUGAUCAAUUUCUAUGCCAUGCGCGGUAGGGUUGAGCAAGCACGUCAUGUGUUUGAUGAUAUGAAGCAGAGAAGUGUUGUAAGCUGGAAUUCUAUACUUGCUGGGUAUGUUAGGUGUGGUGAUUUUGAUGGGGCAAGAAGGGUUUUUGACAAGAUGCCACAUAGGAAUGUUGUCUCUUGGACCACCAUGGUUGCUGGGUGUGCUCAGAAUGGCAAGUCCAAACAAGCUUUGUUGUUGUUUGGUGAGAUGAGGAGAGCGCAUGUGGAAUUGGAUCAGGUGGCACUGGUGGCAGCUUUGUCAGCAUGUGCUGAAUUGGGGGAUCUGAAAUUGGGAAGAUGGAUCCAUUGGUACGUUCAGCAGUGGUUUGUUGCAAGGAACCAGCAGCAUCCCUCUGUGCACUUGAACAAUGCGCUCAUACACAUGUAUGGUAGUUGUGGACUCAUUGAUGCAGCUUAUCAAGUGUUUGCCAAGAUGCCUCAGAAAAGCACUGUGUCUUGGAACAGCAUCAUCAUGGCUUUUGCAAAACAAGGCCUUGGAAAGGAAGCCUUUGAUAUGUUUAGGACUAUGCUUUGUGAUGGUGUGGGAGUAAAUGGAGUAAGACCUGAUGAAGGAACCUUCAUUGGAGUUCUUUGUGCUUGCAGCCAUGCAGGGUUUGUCUACGAGGGACGCCAAAUUUUUGCAUCCAUGAAGCAUACUUGGGGAAUCAGCCCGAGGAUUGAACACUACGGAUGCAUGGUUGAUCUCUUGAGCCGUGCUGGUUUCUUAGACGAAGCAUGUGGACUUAUUGAAACUAUGCCCUUAAAGCCUAAUGAUGCACUAUGGGGUGCCCUCCUUGGCGGUUGUCAAAUACACAAGAAUUCAGAACUAGCAUCACGAGUGGAAAACAAGUUAGUUGCUGAGCUCAACCCUGAUCAAGCUGCAGGCUAUCUUGUGCUCUUGUCAAACAUAUAUGCUUUUGCCCAAAGGUGGCAGGAUGUCAUUACAGUAAGGCAGAAAAUGAUUGAGAUGAGUGUGAAGAAGCCUCCAGGCGAAAGUUGGAUCCAAAUUGAUGGAGUUGUCCAUAAUUUUGUGGCAGGUGAUAUGACUCAUAAGCAUUCGUCUUUUAUGUAUGAAAUCUUUCGUGAUAUCAUCAAGCAUGCCAAUCUGGAAGUCUCUGAACCAGACAUAACAAGUGUUUUCUUGGAUGUUGAGGUGUAG